ACAUGACCCAAGCCAAGAUAUAAAAACUCACAGUUAACAGCAGACAGCAGAGAAGACAGCAUCUGAAAACAAAUGCUUACAGAACCAUGAGACUUUACAUCCUUUUCAGUUUUCUGCUUUUGGCUGUGAUUUGCAGCUGUCUUGUUGAUGCUAGUCAAGUGAAAUUUGGCCCCCUCUGCAGUGGUAACUCAAGUAACCGCAAAAGAGGAUGUGAUACAAAGUAUGGCUGUGGAAACUAUGGAGCCAGCCGAGGCGGUGGAAAACGGAAACAUGAGGGUCUUGACAUUGUGUGUGCUGAUGGAGCCACGGUUUAUGCUCCAUUUGAUGUGAAGCUGAACGGCAAAGCUGUACCAUACAAAAAUAACAAUGCUAUCAAUGAUGGCAUUAACUUGAGCGGAGAAGGUCUCUGCUUCAAGCUGUUCUAUGUUAAGCCGGACAGUUACUCUGGGACCCUGAAGAAAGGGCAGAAGAUCGGAACUCUGCUCCCCAUGCAGAAGGUUUAUCCUGGCAUCACUUCCCACGUUCACGUUCAAAUGUGUGACAAAUCAGAUCCCACCAAGUACUUCUGAUGCUGAUGGAGCUGAUGGCCACCUGAUAACCACUUCAGAAUUUUGUGCCAUUUAUAUCAGCCUUCUUUCUAUAUGCUGGUGCCCUGUACUUUGCAAUCUAAUAAUAAAGUUUUGAAGACUA